AUGGCAAGUUCAUCUUCAAAACUUGGCUCACACCAACCUUCAAGGUCAAUUAGCUUGCCAUCUAGGCUGAAUCCCAAGUCCCAAGGGAUUGAAACACAAUUAAACAAGCUCAAAACUCAAUGUGAUUUCUCAUUUUCAUCAAGAGAAACUCCUAUUGGAAGUGACACAAUCCAAUCUAGCUUGACUUCUCUGGCAGAGUUGUAUGCUUCUACUAAAGAACUCAUUCACUCACCACUAACCCAACAAGCUCUUCUCCAAAACCAUUCGAGAAAAACAAUGGAAGAGACGCUCGACACGUCGAUUGGAUUAUUAGAUGCUUGUGGCGCUGCAAGGGAGUUGCUUCUCGGUAUGAAAGAAAACGUUCAAUCCCUUCAAUCAGCACUGCGACGAAAGGUGGUUGGAGAUUCGAGCAUAGAAAGCAAUGUACAAACCUACAUCAACUUCAGAAAAAAUGCUAGAAAGGAAGUUUCCAAGAGCCUUAAAGCAUUGAAAACAAUGCAAAAGAACAAUAAUAUUUCUUCAAUCCAUUUUGUACAUGACCAACCACUUCAAAUGGUUACUAAAGUGUUGAGUGAGCUAAGCAAUAUUGCUAUCUCAAUCUUUGGUGCUAUGUUUGUGUUCUUAUCUAUGCCAAAAAUGGUCAAUGGAUGGUCAUUGAUCUCAAAGUUGAUGCCUUUAUCAUCAGACAAAGGACACAAGAUUUUCAAUGAAGUGGGCAGUGUUGAUCUUACUCUAUUCUCUUUGCAAACACAAAUGAGAAAGAAUGACACCAAGAUUGAUGUUGAGAUUGUACAAAAGAGAUUGGAGAGUGUUGAUGGUUGUGUUAAUGUUUUUGAAGCAAGAUUAGAUUGCUUGUUUAGAUGUCUCAUACAACAUAGAGUGUCCCUUCUUAAUCUUCUUACCCCUUGA